AACGAAGCUGCUGUCCGGUUUUAUGCAUCUGAAGUCAUGGUGGCUUUAGAAUACCUACACAUGAUGGGGAUAGUUUACCGUGAUCUAAAGCCUGAAAACGUGCUAGUAAGAUCCGACGGCCACAUUUCAUUAACAGACUUCGACCUCUCACUGAAAGUAGCUUCCUGUUUGCACCCUAGUCAACACAAGCAAAAAAAGAAGUCAACACAUCGUGCGGCUGUGGAGAUCAUCACAGAGCCAAUGGACGUCCGAUCAAUGUCUUUUGUUGGGACCCACGAGUAUUUAGCACCAGAGAUUGUGUCUGGUGAAGGACAUGGAAAUGCAGUUGAUUGGUGGACAUUAGGGAUAUUCAUAUUCGAAAUGUUAUAUGGCACGACGCCAUUUAAGGGAGUUGACCACGAGUUGACCUUGGCGAAUAUUGUGGCUCGAGCACUUGAGUUUCCAAAAGAAGCCAUGGUGUCACAAUCGGCUAAGGAUUUGAUCACACGACUAUUGAUCAAGGACCCCACCAUGCGAAUGGGGUCCACAAUGGGUGCAGCCGCAAUCAAACGACAUGAAUUUUUCCAUGGGAUUAAUUGGGCACUUUUGAGAUGUAUAAAACCACCAUUUAUUCCUCCUCCUAUAGCUUGUAAAGACUUUGUCGCAGUUGAUAGUGCUAUAGAGAGUUCAAUAGAGUAUUAUUAGGAAGCAAGAAAUUUAUUCUUUAAUUUACAUGAUAUGUUUUUUUAUGUAUAUCAAUUUUUAAUAACUAAAGAGAAAUGGGAUUUAAGUAAU